AUGUUGGCGCGAGGCAUGGCCCGGGCCCUCUCAGCAACCUCGGCAGACACAGCCGACGUCGACGCUGGCUUUGAGCAUGCACACGGCCUUGAGGUCGAGUUUGACGACGUGGUCAUGUCGUUCCUCUUCCUGAUUGCCGUGUGGGUGGGGGGCAAGGCGGCGGCGGGUAUGCGGAUGCCGUCGCUGGUGGGCGAGCUUGCCGUGGGCCUUGUGAUGGGGCCGCCACUCCUCGACGUUGUUCCGCUCGCCGAAGCGCUCAUGCUCUACGGAGAAGUCGGACUGCUGCUGUUGGUGCGCCGCUGCCGCCCCUCCGCCGUGCGCCGCUCCCAGUGGACGCCAGGCAUCGGAAUCCAGAAGGCGGCUGCGGCGAGCUCUGAACUCCUGUCCACCCGCAGCGCACAGAGAGCGCUGCGACACAGCCACCGACGGAAUCUCAUGCGUCUGCGCAUGCCGGCGCAGGUGCUCGAGGCGGGCCUCGACGCCGACCUGCCAAUGAUGCGCACCGUCGGCCCGCGCGGUGUCGCAAUCGCCCUGCUCGACCCUCUCGCCAGCCUCGCCGCGGGGUGCACGCUUGCGCCCUCCUCCAUCGGCAUCGCGCUCAACGUGCUCCGCGCCGCGGACGCGCUCAACACGCCGGUUGGCCAGCUGAUCAUCGCCUCCGCCGUGCUGGACGACGUGAUCGCGCUGCUGCUGCUCACUCUGCUGCAGGCGCUCGGUUCGGACGCCUCGCCCGCAUCGAUGGUCGCGCCGGCGGUCGCCUCGGUUGGGCUGAUGGCGGCGGCGGUGGUCAUCGCAAAGCAUGGGACCCCGCGUCUUGUCCGGCUCGCCGAGCGGGUCGCUCCUGCGCAGCUGCGGAGCGGGGGCCGUGCCGCCGAGGAGCGGGCGCUGCUGUUGCUGCUGCUGCUAGUCACGGCUGUCUUUGCGCAUUCGCUCGGGUCCAGUCAUUUGCUCGGCGCUUUUCUGGCCGGGCUUUCCUGCUGCACCAUCCCGCGGCUGCACGACGCGUGGAUCAAGCAGGUCAAGCGGCUACAGUCGUGGCUCGUCAAGCUCUUCUUCGCUGCCACGUGCGGAUUCAUCGUCCCGCUCGCGUCGGGCUUGCUGGUGGUACCUGCAUCGCGCGCCAAUGUGUUAACGGUCGGCCUCACCAUGGCCGCGUGGGGUGAGUUCGCUUUCAUCGUCGCGACCGCCUCGCUCAACAGCGGCCUGCUCGACCAGACGACCUUCGCCGCGCUGCUGCUCGCGGUCCUCGCGUCGGUGGUGAUUGCGCCGGUGCUCGCGCGCGCCGCCCUCCGCGGCUCGCAGAGGCGGAAAGAGCGCGCCAUCCUCGACGCCAUCAAGGGGGGGCGACGAGCUGGCGCGCGCGCGGGGCCGGUGGUGGACGUGUCAACAGCGCCCGUCUUCUUUCGGCUGCGCACGUCGGCGCCACCAGCGUGGGGGCUGAGCGUGCGGCUGAUGGAUCUGAUUCGGCAGCACGGCCUCGAGGCGCGCGUCCUCGACUUUCGCUCGCACCAGUACGCUUCGGCUAUCCUCUUUGAGGUCCACCUCAAGGAUGCCGACUUGCGCGCCCCGCCGACGCGUGCUUUGAGCGCCGACGACGAGGCGGUUGUGCGGCGGCGGCAGUCCGACUUGCUCGCUAUCUUUUCGCCCCUUUGCGGCGGAGGAGGCUCGUGCGUGCUCGAGCGGUGGCUCCCGGGAGAAGCGCUCGCCUCGCGGCUGCCGCGCGCAGGGGUAGAGCCGGCGCAGUCGCAUCUCGCGCAGGCGCUCGAGGGAGAGGAGGACACGGACUUCGCAGAGAGCUCGUACAAGUGUGCUGCCCGCUCGGCGUCGCGCGACGCCUUCUCCCUCACGGGUGCCGGGACUAGGCUUGGCGCUUUUUGUGGCGGUGGCGGCGGCAUGGGCCCGCCUUCGCCGCGGAUCGCAGCGCCGGCUUUUGCACGGGGCGGCGGCGGCGAUCGUGGGGUUGACGCGGUGAUGCCUUCGUCUCCGAGGCCGCCAGAGUUACACACGGAGCUGACUGGGGAGCCGCUGGUGCGUCCCUCGCGGCGCGGCGAUUCGCUUCCCUCGCCCGACGAGCGCCAGUUCGUCUGA